AGCUGUGAAACAGAGAGAGAGAGAGAGAGAGAGAGAGAAGGGACAGCUCCAUUUUGUGGUCUGCAUUACCUAAUCUCUCACUUCCCAGCUCCUUAGCUAGCAAUGGCGGUAAUGCUUAGAUCUCUGCUCAGUAUCUUGCUCGCCACCCUCAUUUUCUCCCAGAUUACAGUUGAGGUCUCAGCAGCAACCAUAACACUAUACAACAAGUGCAGCCACCCAGUGUGGCCAGGCAUUCAACCAAGCGCAGGGAAGCCUCUCUUAGCUCGCGGUGGCUUCAAGCUCCUACCCAAUAACGCCUAUUCCCUCAACCUCCCACCUCUCUGGUCCGGACGCUUCUGGGGUCGCCACGGUUGCAAAUUCGACGCCUCAGGCCGUGGUCACUGCGCCACAGGAGAUUGUGGUGGUGCCCUUUACUGCAAUGGCAUGGGAGGUACCCCUCCAGCCACCUUAGCAGAAAUCACCUUUGGAAAUGACCAAGAUUUCUACGAUGUCAGCCUUGUAGAUGGCUACAAUCUUGCAAUCUCUAUAACGCCAUUUAAAGGAUCAGGCAAAUGCAGCUAUGCAGGGUGUGUUAGUGACCUGAACCUGAUGUGCCCAGUUGGGUUACAGGUGAGGUCCAAGGAUAAUAGAAGAGUGCUAGCUUGCAAGAGUGCUUGUUUUGCGUUCAAUUCGCCUAGGUAUUGCUGCACAGGGAGCUUCGGCAGUCCUCAAUCUUGCAAGCCAACUGCUUAUUCCAGGAUUUUUAAGGCAGCUUGUCCUAAAGCUUACUCCUAUGCCUAUGAUGACCCUACAAGCAUUGCGACUUGCACUGGUGCGAGCUAUUUGGUCACUUUCUGCCCUCACCAUCGCUGAUUAAGUAUGAUUAAGAGUUAAUUAAUUACUAUGUGGGUUUUAAUUAAUUAGUUGUUUUGUUUUGAAAUGCUGUACUGUUGUCGUUAUAGAGAUCAGUGUGAGAUAAUACAUAUGGUACCUUGAUGAUUA